AUGUGUGGAGACCUCCAGGCCGUGCAGCACCUUGGUGGCCACAGCUCUCCAGGAUGUCCUCACCUUCCUCAGGGCCCUGCCCUCCUGACCUGGAGUGUUCUGGAAAGCUCCUCCUGAGCUUGGAUAAACUGCAGGAGCGAAGGGGCUGACCGUUUGUCGGGACGCAGUUGAAAGAGUCGCUGUGUCCUGCUCCGGGCUCUCCUGCUGGAGAGGAGAGGCUUGCACGUGCCUGUCGUCUGCGCAAGCGUUGAAGCUCAGACUUGGUCUCUGUUAGGAGAGAUGGGCCUGCCUAGGCUCCAGCUGACAGUAAUCCCAAGAGCUCCCCUUUCAGGGGAUAACGGAGUGACGUCACCUGUGUGGACUCAGCUGCCACCUGGGAUUGUGGUGGUGGCGGGUCUGUCUGGCGCUCAGCUUCCAUCUCCACCAGUGUCACCUCCACACCACCUCGCCAAGCAGCUUCUGGAAAGGCCCCCGGCCGCCUCGGGCUGACCUGCUGCUGUGUCUGACCCGUAGAGACAGGGUUUCAACGUGUUAGCCAGGAUGGUCUCAGUCUCCAGACCCUGUGAUCCGCCCGCCUCGGCCUCCCAAAGUGUUGGGAUUACAGGUGUGAGCCACCGCGCCUGGCCGAGGCUCCUUCUUUUAUGAGGAGCGGGAAGGCCUCCUGCACCCUGGAGACCGUGUGGGAAGACAAGCACAAGUAUGAGGAGGCUGAGCGGCGCUUCUACGAACACGAGGCCACACAGGCGGCCGCCUCCACCCAGCAGCUGCCAGCCGAGGGGCCAGCCAUGAAUGGGCCCGGCCAGGAGGACCCUGAGGACGCUGAUGAGGCGGAGGCCCCUGACGGCGGCAGCAGGCGUGAUCCCAGGAAGAGCCAGGACAGCAGGAAGCCCCUGCAGAAAAAGAGGAAGCGCUCCCCCAAGAGUGGGCUCGGCCCCACGGACCUGGCCCUCCUGGGCCUCUCGGCCGAACGCGUGUGGCUGGACAAGUCACUUUUCGACCAGGCAGAGAGCUCCUACCGCCAGAAGCUGGCAGAUGUGGCUGCCCAGGCAGCCUGGCCUCCUGCCUUGGCCCCUUGGGGUCUCUGCACCCAUGGAAACCAGGUGGCCUGCCACCACGUGACCUGGGGGAUCUGGGUCAACAAGUCCUCCUUCGACCAGGCUGAGCGGGCCUUCGUGGAGUGGUCUCAGGCCCUGUUGCUGGUCCCUGAGGGCAGCCGCAGGCAGGGGACUCCCAACACAGGCCAGCAGGUGGCCGUCCCCGACCUGGCCCACCAGCCCAGCCCACUGGUCAAUGGCCAGCCCCCGCUGGGCAGCCUGCAGGCACUGGUUCGGGAGGUGUGGCUGGAGAAGCCCCGGUAUGAUGCAGCCGAGAGGGGCUUCUACGAGGCCCUGUUUGACGGCCAUCCCCCAGGGAAGGUGCGCCUGCAAGAGCGAGCCGGCCUGGCCGAGGGUGCCCGGCGGGGCCGCAGAGACCGGCGGGGCCGCAACAUCUUAGGGAACAAGCGGGCCGGGCUGCGGCGGGCCGAUGGGGAGGCCCCCUCUGCCUUGCCCUACUGUUACUUCCUGCAGAAGGAUGCAGAGGCCCCCUGGCUCAGCAAGCCUGCCUACGACAGCGCCGAGUGCCGCCACCACGCUGCCAAGGCCCUGCGCAUGGCCUGGUGCCUCGAAGCUGCCUCCCUGUCUCACCGACCCGGUCCUCGGUCUGGCCCAUCCGUGUCCAGCCUGAGACCCAAAAAAAUGGCUACAAACUUCCUAGCUCAUGAGAAGAUCUGGUUCGACAAGUUCAAAUAUGACGACGCAGAAAGGAGAUUCUACGAGCAGAUGAACGGGCCUGUGGCAGGUGCCUCCCGCCAGGAGAACGGCGCCAGCGUGAUCCUCCGUGACAUUGCGAGAGCCAGAGAGAACAUCCAGAAAUCCCUGGCUGGAAGCUCAGGCCCCGGGGCCUCCAGCGGCACCAGCGGAGACCACAGUGAGCUCGUCGUCCGGAUUGCCAGUCUGGAAGUGGAGAACCAGAGUCUGCGUGGCGUGGUACAGGAGCUGCAGCAGGCCAUCUCCAAGCUGGAGGCCCGGCUGAACGUGCUGGAGAAGAGCUCGCCUGGCCACCGGGCCACGGCCCCACAGACUCAGCACGUAUCUCCCAUGCGCCAAGUGGAGCCCCCAGCCAAGAAGCCAGCCACACCAGCAGAGGAUGACGAGGAUGAUGACAUUGACCUGUUUGGCAGUGACAAUGAGGAGGAGGACAAGGAGGCGGCACAGCUGCGGGAGGAGCGGCUACGGCAGUACGCGGAGAAGAAGGCCAAGAAGCCUGCACUGGUGGCCAAGUCCUCCAUCCUGCUGGAUGUCAAGCCUUGGGAUGAUGAGACGGACAUGGCCCAGCUGGAGGCCUGUGUGCGCUCUAUCCAGCUGGACGGGCUGGUCUGGGGGGCUUCCAAGCUGGUGCCCGUGGGCUACGGUAUCCGGAAGCUACAGAUUCAGUGUGUGGUGGAGGAUGACAAGGUGGGGACGGACUUGCUGGAGGAGGAGAUCACCAAGUUUGAGGAGCACGUGCAGAGUGUCGAUAUCGCAGCGUUCAACAAGAUCUGAAGCCUGAGUGUGUGUACGUGCGCGCGUGCGUGAGGCCCUGCCACGAUUAAAGACUGAGACCGGC